GCUUUCAAGUAAUUUAUUUGCUACAAAGUUAUGCCCAUAAUAACUAUCUGAAGGUAGUUUCGGCGCUGUAGCUUGCUUGAAAUGCAUCAGCCAGUUAUUGAUGGAUACAAAUAAAGCGAACGUUGUUUCUGACAAAUCAGCGUCCAAAACUACAUUACCCAAGCACCAAGACCGACGUAUAAUGUCAUGACGCUACUAGACACCCACCAAUCAAAACAUCGCAGGCAAACGUCCGCCGAAAUUUCAAAAACAUUUUCGUUUGCUUCGGGUGUUGCUAUUGUGAGUUUUUUGCUAGCUAUUUUAAACUAUUAGUUGAACGCGUUAUGGAUCCCUUUAGUGAAGACCAUACGAAAAUGUACUUUUAUGAAACCAGAUUGAAUACCUACGUGGGGUGGCCGUUCGAAGAGGGCUGCGCGUGCACUCCAGAGAACAUGGCCAAAGCUGGAUUCAUCCACACACCAACAGAGAACAGCCCGGACAUAGCCAAGUGCUUCUUCUGUCUCAAAGAACUGGAGGGCUGGGAGCCGGAUGAUGACCCAGAGAAGGAGCAUAUGUCUCAUUCACCCAGCUGCAACUUCAUCUCCCUGAAGAAGAGUGUGAAUGACCUGACUGUGGAAGAGUUCCUCAAACUCCAGAAAGAGAAGCAGAAAUUCCACAUUAAAAAGUAUUGCAUUGAGGCCAUCACUAAGUUUGAGGAGGCGGCAAAAAGCAGAAGAGGUGAGAUAAUCAAGACUGCCAUGGAUGAAGAGUGAUGUGGAGGGACCUGUUUGAGUACUUUAUAAAUGUUCUGCUCUGGAGUAAUCACUGGUAGUGCAGUAGCCUAAUGUACAUAUUCUGUCUGUCCGCAUUAGCUAGGUGUUUUUACAAAUAAAUAUUUUAUUUCCCAA